UAUUCAAGACAGUGGACUCAUGAAAAUGUUAGCGAUAGAGUGCUAUGUUUCCCUGCUGUGCAUCUGCAGGUCUUUGUAUUUGAUGUUGGUGGGAAGACCUGGAAAUUCUAUGACUGGUCACAGAUUACAACGGUGGCAACUUUUGGAAACUAUGAUCCUGAGCUCAUGUGUUACGCUCAUUCCAAAGGAGCCAGGGUAGUUUUAAAGGGUGACAUACCUAUGAAGGAAAUUGUUUCUCCAGCAGUCCGAGCUGCCUGGAUAAAGCAAAAGACAGACCUUGCCAAAAAGCAGCAUAUGGAUGGGAUCAACAUGGACAUUGAACAGAAGGUGAAAAGAAAGUCACCUGAAUACUAUGCAUUGACAACUUUGGUUAAGGAAACAACAGAAGCUUUUCACAAAGAGAUUCCAGGGUCACAGGUAACUUUUGAUGUAGCCUGGUCCCCAAAAUGUACAACCUACUUUAGAUGCUACAACUACUCUGGGAUUGCUGAUUUUUGUGACUUUAUGUUUGUAAUGUCUUAUGAUGAAGGGAGUCAAGGAUGGUCGAAAUGCAUAGCAAGAGCCAAUGCGCCUUAUAAACAGACUAUAUCUGGAUAUGACAAUUACAUUCACAUGGGCAUCAGUCCAAAGAAGCUUGUGAUGGGUGUUCCAUGGUAUGGCUAUGAUUAUACGUGUCUAGGCUUAUCUAAGGCUCAUGUUUGCUCCUUGGUAAAAAUCCCUUUUCAGUGGCUUCCAUGCAGUGAGGCAAAUAGACAUCAAGUCUCAUAUAGAAUAAUAAUGAAUUGGAAAAAUAAUUCUCUUUCUGGGAUCCUGUGGGAUGAAAAACAGAACUCUCCCUAUUUAGAAUAUAAGGACUCAAAUGGCACUUUUCAUCAAGUUUGGUUUGAUGAUCCCAGGAGCAUUUCUCAGAAAGCAGCCUAUGUGAAAGAACAUGGUUUAAGGGGUAUUGGUAUGUGGCAUGCAAACUGUCUUGACUACUCCAGAAGCUCUGUGGCACAAGAACAAACAAAAGCAAUGUGGGAGGCCUUGAAGCCAAAUCAAGUUAUAGGAAAGUAGAUUUAGAGUUCAGACAGCCAUGAAUGACUUAUUGUCUUAUUGGGCAGAGAGUAGAGGUGUAUGUUGUCCUUUUUUCACUACUGUGAUGUCACUUAAAAUGAUAUACCAUAUACUACUAUUAUACUAUUAUUCUAAUUGAGCCUGUUAUUUAUUUUUCUAUAAUAAAGCAAUCUGUUUGUUAUCUUAAAACCUAUGGAAGAAAACUAAUAUGGUAACAGAAAUAACAAAUAAACAUGUCACAAGUACA